AUGCUCCACUACAACCGAGCCGUACGGCUACUGAUCCAGCCCUUCCUCCCUCUCCUCCCAAUCACCGACCCAUACUACCAUAUCUGCCUCCGCGCCGCAGGAAACAUCUGUCAAUCCCACAAACGCCUCCAUCAGACUCUAGAAUAUGGCCACUCCUUCCUUGCCGUGCAAACCGUUUUCAUGGCAGGGAUAACACUCCUAUACGCCCUGUGGACACAUACAGACCAAGUCUGGUCCGUCCGCAUGAGCAACGACAUCCGUGCCUGCUCAACGGUACUCUUCGUCAUGGGCGAGCGCGCAGCAUGGGUUAAAAAAUACCGCGAUGCAUUCGAGUUACUUGUUAACGCCACUAUGGAGAAAUUGCAGGGUAAUGAGACAGCUCGCAAUGCCGGGAUGGCCGAGUUAAUGACUGCCCAGCAUGGUAUUAAUUGGAAUACUACUGUCCCUAGCAUGUCUGGUAGUGACAAGUCCCCGCCGGUCAACCCGAACGGUUUGCCCCUUGAUGCCGGGAUUACGCCGCAGGUCGGCGCUCCGGAUGAUUCUGAACACGCGGUUAGGAUGGCGUUGCAGUUGGCGCCGUGGAUUGAUCAGGAUGAAAGUGAUCCGUUGUGGAUGCCGGAUUUUGAGACGCUGGAGAAUUUGUCUGGAACCUUUUGGAAUAAUCCUGAUACGAGGCUUUUUGAUGCCUUAUGA